AUGUAUUGUGCCAGUAGUGUGAAUAGAAUGUCUGGUUGGCUGCUGGUGGUGACGCUGGGCCUGCUGGCCGUGGCGGCCAUCGAGCAGGUGGGUGCACACAGUCCCGGCCCCGGGCCCGGACCGGGACCGGGCGUGGUCAUCAUGCCCAGGCGGCGUUCCUCCAGCGAUGGUGCGAUGCAGUCCCGGGCGGUGGAGACGCGCGUCCAGUUCAAUGUUUUUGAGAACGAACCGAAGGGCACGGUGGUGGGCUACAUCCCCACCAAGCCCGGCUUUACCUAUCGCUUCAAUGAGCCACCGCGAGAGUUCGUGCUGGAUGCGAGUACCGGCGAGAUAAAGACGAAUGCCAUCCUCGACCGGGAAGCGUUACGGGCGGACCGUUACGACCUGGUGAUACUCUCCAGCCAGCCGACGUACCCGAUCGAGGUGCGCAUCACGGUGCUGGACGUGAACGAUAAUGCGCCGGAGUUCCCGGAACCGACGAUCGCCGUCUCCUUCUCCGAGAGUGCCAUCACGGGCACCCGGCUGCUGCUGGAUGCGGCCACCGACAGUGACGCGGGCGAGAACGGCGUUACGGACGAUUACCGCAUCGUCGAUGGGAAUCACGACGAAAAGUUCCGGCUUGCCGUUACCACCAGCCCGAACGGGGACGUGUACUAUCUGCAUCUCGAGACCACCGGCAAGCUGGACCGCGAAAGUCGCGGUUUCUACGCACUCAACAUUUCGGCUCGGGACGGCGGCGAACCGGCCCGGUACGGGUAUCUGCGCGUGAACGUGACGAUUCUGGACGUUAAUGACAAUCCGCCCAUCUUCGACCACAGCGACUACAUCGUGUCGCUGAACGAGAGCGUGCUGCCGGGGACGCCCGUCCUGCAGGUGAUGGCCUCGGACAGCGAUCUGGGUGAUAAUAGCAAAAUAACGUACUACUUGGCCGAUGCCGAAACGCAGUUUACCGUCGAUCCGGAAACGGGCGUUAUUGCCACGACGGAGCAACUCACCUGUCCGCAUCAGAAUUGCCACGAGGGUGGUCGUAGCUGCCCGAAGAGCUGCGUGUUUACCGUGUUUGCGCGGGAUCACGGAACACCGCGCCAGGAUGGCCGCACGUACGUGACGGUGAACCUGGUGGACACGAACGAUCAUGAUCCGGUGAUACGCUUCCAGUACUUCCCGCCGACCGGAAGGUUCGCGACGGUGGACGAGAAUGCCGCGAACGGUUCGGUGGUGGCCGCCGUCUCGGUGGUGGACGCCGACGAAGGCCUCAACGGGGACACCAGUCUGCGCAUCGUGGCCGGCAACGAUCUGCAACACUUCCGGCUGGAGAAAUCGCCCAGCUUUUACAUUGUGCGCGUGAACGGUGUGCUGGACAGGGAGGAGAUCGGAAAGUACAAUCUCACGGUGGUGGCCAUCGAUCGGGGUGUUCCGCCGCGCACCGCGACCGCCCAUCUCAUCAUACACGUGAACGACGUCAACGAUCACGAGCCGGUGUUUGAGAAGUCCGAGUACUCGGCGGUGCUCAGCGAGCUGGCACCGCCCGGUACGUACGUGGCCAGCAUUACCGCCACGGAUGAGGAUACCGGCGUGAAUGCGCAGAUCUUCUACGACUUUGUCGCUGGCAAUCGGGAUCAGUGGUUCCGGAUCGAUCCAUCCUCGGGGCUGAUAACGACGCGCGCCCCGCUCGAUCGGGAGGUGCUUGGGCAUGUGGAGUUGAGCAUCUCGGCGCGGGACGGUGGACCCAACCCGAAAUGGGCCCACACCCAGCUGAAGGUGACCAUUCUGGACGAAAACGAUGAGGCGCCCACCUUCGCGCAGCCGCUGCUGAACGUUACGCUGAGCGAAACAUCACCGCCGCGCACCGUCGUUGUCUCGCUGGCGGCGGUCGAUCACGAUCAGGGCACGAACGGGAGCGUUACGUACACGUUCCAUCCGAGUGUGGAGCGCAACUAUCCGGGCGCGUUCGAGCUGGACGCACUGUCGGGCCAGAUUUCGACGCGCCGGUCACUCGACCGCGAACAGAUCGCCGCGUACGCGCUGGUUGUGAUCGCCCGUGAUCAUGGGUCGCCGCCCCAGUCUUCCAGCGCCACCGUGCGCAUCACGAUCACGGACGCGAACGACAACGAUCCGGAGCUGUAUCCGCGGGCGUUCUUCGUGCCGGUGAGUGAGGGCGCACCGGAGGGCACGCUGGUCGCGCAGCUGACGGCAAACGAUCGCGACGAGGGUGAGAACGCGAUCGUGCAGUAUGAGCUGGUCAGCGGUCCAACGACAGAUGCGGCCCUGUUUGCCAUCAACGGGACGACGGGCGCCCUGACGCUGCGUUCCUCGCUCGCCAAGUCAUCCAAGCCGGUGCACCGCGUGGUCGUCAGCUGCAAGGACAGUGGAGGGCGCCGUGCCGCACAGGACGCCGUGGUGGAGGUGGUCAAGGAAUCGCUCGUGGAGGAGAUCGGAUUCGAGGCACCGGUCGCCACCGGGUACGACUUUCGACUGCCGGAAGACAAUGGGCGCGAUCGCAGACAGAAAACGGUGCCGGAGCGUGAGGUUGGCCAAGUUCGGGCGCGGUGGGCUUCCGCCGGCGGUGCGUCCAAUGUUGUGUUUGCGAUAGUGCGCGGUGAUUCGUCCGGCAGCUUCCGGAUUCACGAGCGCACGGGUCUCAUCAGCACGACGCAGCACAUCGAUCGCGAGCAGUACGCUUUCUACCGGCUGACGGUCGCAGCCCGCAAUGGGUUGGCGUACGGCGAAACGACCGUAAACAUCACCGUGGUGGACGUGAAUGAUAAUGCGCCCGCUUUUCUGUACGAGCACGACGAGAUCCGGUUGCCGGAAAAUGCGGCCGUCGGGCAGGAGGUGUACGUGGCGAAGGCGAAGGAUGCGGACACCGGCCCGAACAGUCAGGUGCGGUUCGGGUUGAGCAACAAUCCGGAAAAUUUGUUCCGCGUGGCGGAAUCGAGCGGUGUGAUCUACCUGAACCGCUCGAUCGGUGUCGAGCCGGGCACGGUGCUGUCCCUCGAGAUUAGCGCCACCGAUGGGGGCAGUCCGCCGCUUACCACCCGCACCACCGUGCACGUCACGGUGGAGGACGUCAACGAUCACACGCCCGUGUUCGAUCACACCUCGUACGAAACGUCGCUGCUCGAAUCGAUGCCGGUGAAUUCGCGCUUUUUCGCCCUGGCCGCGUCCGAUGCGGAUGUUGGGCCGAACGGUCGCAUCGCGUACACCAUCGUGGAGGGCAACGUGGAUGGGAAGUUUGGCAUCUUUCCCGACGGGUUUCUGUUCGUGCGGAGUGCGCUCGAUCGCGAGGAGCGUGAUUAUUACGCACUGACCGUGGCCUGCGCGGACGAAGGUUCGCCCAUCCCGCGCAGUUCCUCCGUGCCGGUCAUAGUGCACGUGAUCGACGAGAAUGACAACGCGCCGCAGUUCACGAACGGGACGUUCGUUUUUAGCGUCGCCGAAAACGAACCACCGGACACGUUCGUCGGCAAGCUGACGGCGAUCGAUCGCGAUAUUGGGCGCAACGCGGAGCUUAUCUACACGCUUUCAUCGGCACCGUCGUCCGCAUCGCUCGCAUCGGCCGCCAGCAAGGAUCACGAGGAAGAUUUCAGCAUCGAUUCCCGCAACGGGUUCAUCCGGACGCGCCGCUCGUUCGAUCGCGAAGCGCUCGGCGGUCAAACGUUCCUCGCGCUGGAGGCCACCGUGUCGGACAACGGUGCGGUACGGCUGCGGGAUCGCGUCAAGAUCAAAGUUUUCAUCACGGACGUCAACGACAAUGCGCCGGUAUUUGUGCGCGCCCCCUACCGCGUGCAGAUUUCCGAGGGUGCCACCGUUGGCACGCAGCUCGUGCGCGUAUACACGCACGACGCGGACGAAGGGUUAAACGGGGACGUGUUUUACUACAUCGCCGAAGGGAACCGGGCGGAACGCUUCACGAUCGACGAUUCCACCGGCCAGAUUACGCUCGCCCGGGCACUCGAUCGGGAAACGACCGCGUCCUACCAGCUGACGGUCGUCGCACACGACGCCUCGAAGCAGCACCGUUUGAGCGCUUCCACCACGGUGACGAUCGAGGUGCUGGACGAAAAUGACGAUGCGCCCGAGUUCACGCAAACGCUCAGCCAAAUAGCGAUCGUGGAGACGACACCGAUCGGCACGGAGCUGAUGCGUUUCCGCGCAACCGAUCUCGAUCUGGGAGCGAACGCGCAGAUCGCCUUCUCGAUUGCGGCCGGCAACCGGCGCGACACGUUCCACAUCGAUGCGGUGUCCGGGGCGCUCUAUCUGCACCGGAGCCUCGAUUACGAGGACACGCAAAGCUACGCGCUGAACAUCUCCGCCGCCGACGGUGGCAACCCGCGGCUUUCCACCACCAUCCUGUUCGCGGUGAACGUGAUCGACGCGAACGACAAUCCGCCCGCCUUUCCGAACACGGCGAUCGUGCGCCAGAUACGCGAAGGCAUCCCGCUCAACACGCCGAUCGUUACCAUCACGGCGGAAGAUCCCGACUCGGGGCUGAAUGGGAAGGUGCGGUACGAAAUCGCCCACCAGGACCCGCAGGAUGGGGACGGUGAGCGACACUUUGGCAUCAACCCGACGACGGGUGUCAUCCACACGCUGCAUUUGAUCGACCGCGAAGCCAUCGACACGUACCGGUUGACGGUGCUGGCCACCGACCAAGCGGCACCGCAAGCACAGAGACUAUCGGCGGAAAAGCUCGUCACUGUUAUCGUGGAGGAUGUGAACGAUAAUGCGCCUGUGUUUGUGUCGAUGAAUGCCGCCAUUUUGCCGUUGCGAGACAGUGCCGUGGCGGAGAUAAUGCGCAUACACGCGCAGGAUGCGGACUCGAGCUCGAACGGGCUUGUGACGUAUGAGAUGAUCGGCGGCAAUAUGGAACUGUUCCAGCUGCACCGUGCAACGGGCGUGAUAACGCUGCGCAAACCCAUCUCCAAACCGGACACCCGCUAUCAGCUGUCCGUGCGGGCUACGGAUGAAGCGGUGCAGGCGGAGCGCAAAAGCAGUGAUGCUUACAUUACCGUGCUCACUACCGGCGGUACCGGCGGUGGUGCCGGUGGUGGCCCAGUGUUCGCCAAAAAGGACCUCUCCGGCAGCGUGUCGGAGAACGAACCGAUUGGCACCAGCAUUCUGACGGUGUCGGCCUAUCUCAACUCCGUCUCGGACAUCGAAUACUACGUGACGAACGUAACGUCCGGCGUGAACGGGCGCCAGGUCAAUCGGCUGUUCGACAUCGACACCAAGCUCGGCAUUCUGUCGACCGCGGCCGAGCUGGACCGUGAGGCCGGCAUCGAGCACUACGACGUGGAGGUGUACGCGGUUGCCGUUGGUGCCGUGCCGCGUACAACCAGCACCCGGAUACGCGUCAACGUGCUGGACAAGAACGAUAGCCCGCCGCGGUUCCAGAACCUCCCGUUGGUGUUCAGCGUGUCGGAAGAUUUGGCCGUCGGCCAGACGGUGGCGCGCAUCACCGCAACGGACCCCGAUACGCUGGGAAAACUGGAGUACACACUGCUGGAAGGCGACGCACCCAAGUUUGCGCUCGAGCGGGAAACCGGUUUGCUAAAGCUGCGUGAUACGCUCGACCGCGAGACGGAGGAGUCGUACCGGUUGAAAGUCAGUGUGACGGACGGUAUUCAGAGCACCGAAACUACGAUCACUAUUCAGGUUACCGACACGAACGACAAUCCGCCGGUGUUCGCGGAGCCGGCCUAUUCGUUCGACAUUCCGGAGAACGCGAUGCGCGGUUUCCAGGUCGGAGUUAUCGCGGCUACCGAUCCCGAUGUUGGCACUAAUGCGGCCGUCACUUAUACCGUCAUCUCCGACUGGGCAAACGACGUGUUCUCGCUGAACCCGCAGACCGGAAUCUUUACACUAACGGCACGGCUCGACUACGAAGAGGUACAGCACUACAUUUUGGUGGUUCAAGCCCAGGACAAUGGAUAUCCGAGUCUGUCUAGCACGCUGACCGUCUACUGCAAUGUGGUCGAUCUGAAUGACAAUGCUCCAAUCUUCGAUCCGAUGAGCUACUCCAAUGAAAUCUUCGAAAAUGCCCCGAUCAAUUCGGAUGUUGUGACCGUUAGCGCCACUGAUAUCGAUUCUGGAUCCAACGGGCGUAUUGAAUACUCGAUAACGGCCGGCGAUGAUAAUGAGGAUUUUCAAAUCAUGGGCAACGGCACCAUCCGCACGCGUCGAUCACUCGAUCGGGAGUCGAAAAGCUCCUACAGCCUGGUGGUGACGGCUAGGGAUUGCGCCAUGGAACCGGAGAAACGUCUUUCCUCCACCGUCCAGGUAACGAUCGUGCUGAAGGACAUCAAUGAUCUAGCGCCGGAGUUUGUCACACCGAACGAAACGAGCGUGGCCGAGAACAUCCCGCUCAACACGGUGAUCAUGGCGAUUAAGGCGAUCGAUCGGGACGAAGGACGCAACGGUUACGUGGAGUACCAGCUGGAGAACCAGGGUUCGACAAUCAGCCCGUUCACGAUUGGGCAGGCGGACGGUUUGCUGCGCGUGUCCGCACAGCUAGACCGCGAGACCAAGUCCAGUUACGAGCUGAACGUCAUUGCCAAAGAUCGUGGCGAACCGCCGAAAACGACACAGUCGCGAAUUCUCAUCAACGUGCUGGACGAGAACGAUAACAGUCCCAUCUUUGAUCCAAAGCAGUACAGUGCGGCGAUUGCGGAAAAUGCCAGCAUUGGAGCUAGCGUGCUACAGGUAUCCGCAACCGAUAUCGACGAAGGCGCUAAUGGACGCGUGCGCUUCUCGAUAGCGGCCGGUGAUGACAACCGGGACUUUACCAUUAGCGAGGACAGCGGUGUGGUACGGGUGGCGAAAAAUCUCAACUUCGAGCGCAAAUCGCUCUACGCCAUUACGGUGCGGGCCGAGGACUGUGCCGGCGACUCGGAAAACAGCGAGGUGCGUUUCGAUACCGCCCGCUUAUCGAUCACGAUCACAGACAUCAACGACAAUCCGCCGACCUUUCUCGACUCACCGUACCUCGCCUACGUCAUGGAGAAUGUCAUCCCGCCGAACAAUGGCUACGUUAUCACUGUGCGGGCGUACGAUGCGGACACGCCGCCAUUUAACUCCCAGGUACGCUACUUCCUCAAGGAAGGCGAUACCGACUUCUUCAAGAUCAACGCAUCGACCGGUGAAAUAUCAUUACUUCGGGCGCUGGAUCGUGAAAUGCAGGAAGAGUACAUUCUGACCCUCGUCGCCAUGGAUACGGGUUCACCACCAUUAACGGGAACCGGCACGGUGCGUGUCUUGGUGCAGGACAUCAACGAUCACAACCCCCAGUUCGAGCGACAAUCGUACCAGGCGACGAUAGCGGAAAACCUACCGAUAGGGACGCGGGUACUAUGGCCAAAGGCCACCGAUCGUGAUGCGGGUCUGAACGCCAAGAUUCGCUACACGCUGCUCGGUGAGCAUUUGGGUCGGUUCCGACUGGAUGCCGGCAGCGGUGAAAUCACCACCGCCGCCGUACUCGAUCGCGAGGAUAUGCCCAUCUAUCACUUUACGCUGAUGGCCCAGGACAGCUCCACAACCGAGCCGCGGGCGACGCUCGUCAAUCUCACCGUUAGCGUGCAGGACGUGAACGAUAAUAGUCCGGCGUUCAGUGCGCCCACCUUCCACGUCAAUGUGCCGGACCGCAUCAAACCGGGCCAGUUCGUGUUCGGUGCGAAAGCGAUCGAUCGGGACGAAGGUGUCAAUGCGCGCCUGCUGUACUCGAUCGUGGGCACGGACGCGUCCAAGUUUCACAUCAACGAGCACACGGGGGUGAUCGAGGCGACGACCGAGCUGUCGAUGCCGCUGUCCGGCACCAACCUCGAUCGGGUCUUCCGCUUGACGAUCGUGGCAAAGGAUCAAGGUUAUGAGCCACGCACGGCUACCUGCGAGCUUGCGAUUUCGUUGCGAUCCGCUCAUCUAUUUCCCGUCUUCUCGUACACAUCCGAAACGCAGUUCGUGCUGCCGGAGGAUAUCGCGGACGGUAAGAUGGUGACGAAGCUGGCGGCGACCUCACCGAAGAAGGGCACGGUCGGCACCAUACGGUACGCCAUUGCCGGGGGCAACAUUGAUGACGCGCUGCGCAUCGACUCGAGCACGGGCGAAGUGGCGGUAAAUCGUAACGGGCUGGACUACGAACGACAUCAGCAGUACGAAGUUUGGAUCGAGGCCGCUGACUCGGACCGUCCUAGCUUGCGCAGCGUCCUGCAGCUGAUCGUUAAUGUGACGGACGCAAAUGACAACACACCCGUGAUGGACCGGCCGGUAUACAUGGCGGAGGUGCUGGAGGAAGAAUCACCCUCGCAGCUGGUGACGAAGGUGUCCGCCAGUGAUGCCGAUUCGGAGGAGAACGGUCAGAUCACCUACCGUUUGCGCGAUGACUUUGAAAGUUUCGAAAUUAAUACCGACACGGGCGAGAUUUACACAACGACGCGGCUGGAUCGGGAAGACAUCGCACAGUACACGCUGAUCGUGGAGGCAGUCGAUCAGGGUGUGCCCCAGCUGACCGGUAGUGCGACCGUACUGGUGAACGUACUCGACAAAAACGAUAAUCCACCCAAGUUCACGCGGCUCUUCUCGGUGAACGUGACGGAAAAUGCGGAAAUUGGACAGUUUGUCAUUAAAAUCACCUCAUCCGAUUCGGACGUCGGUGUGAACGCGAACGCUACGUACAUCUUCACGGAAAACCUGGGCAACAAGUUCUCGAUCGAUUCGACGACCGGUAACGUAACGGUGGCCGGACAUCUGGAUCGCGAGCAGCAGGAUGAGUACAUCCUCAAGGUGGCGGCCGUUGACGGGGCCUGGCGGACGGAGACACCGCUCACUAUCACGAUCCAGGAUCAGAACGACAAUGCGCCAGAGUUUGAACACAGCUACUACAGUUUCAACUUCCGCGAGCUGCAAAAGUCGAUCACAUUCGUGGGUCAGGUGAUUGCCACGGAUCGGGACAAGCAGGGCCCCAACUCGGUGAUUUCGUACUCGCUCCAGCAACCGUCCGAUUUGUUCACCAUCGACCCGGCGACGGGUGAGAUCUUCAGCAAGCGUCGCAUCCACUACAAGCACACCCAGCUGGAGGCAUCGCCGGAAAAUAGCUUCACACUAACAAUUCUCGCCACCGACAACGGCAAGCCGCCGAUGUAUACCGAGUGUGUCGUCAACAUCAACGUGGUCGACGCAAACAACAAUCCGCCCGUCUUUGGACAGAGCGAAUACAUGGCGCCCGUACCGGAGGGGGCCGAUAUCGGACAGCGCAUACUGCAGCUGACCGCCCGAGAUGAGCUCGAUUUUGGUGUGAAUGCUGAAAUCGAAUACCACAUUGUGGGCGGCAACGGUUCGGAACAGUUUGCCAUCAAUAAGCUCGACGGUUGGAUCGUCGUUGGGCGCAAGCUGAGCGAGGUGUCGGCAAACCCGGGCACGGUGUACAUGCUACAGGUGCGUGCCGUUGAUCGGGGUGUACCGCCCCAGCAGGACGAGGUUAGCGUGACGGUCGUCGUAACUGGUACGAACAAAUUUGCGCCGGUCUUUCAAAGUCCCUCCUAUCAGGUGAUCGUGCCGGAAAACGAGCCGGUCGGGUCGACGAUCCUUACCGUCAGCGCGCCGGACAACGAUGACGGCCCAAACGGUAUGGUGCGUUACGCAAUACUGGCCGGCAACGAACGGAACGACUUUAUGGUACACAGCGUGACCGGGGCCGUUAGCAUCCGGCAGUCGCUCGACUUCGACCUCAUACAGGUGUACCAGCUGAACAUCACUGCCGAGGAUCUUGGCUACAAACCGAAGCGUUCCAUCGCGAUGAUCACGAUCACGCUCACGGACAUUAACGACAAUGCGCCAUAUUUCAACCAAUCGCUGUACGAUGCCUAUGUUGCGGAGAAUUCGCCUGCGGCCACGGUCGUCUAUCGGGCGCUGGCGCACGAUCGAGAUUCGCCUAAAAAUGCCAUCAUCAACUACGCCAUCGUGGGCGGCUCGGGACGGGAGCUGUUUGCGAUCGAGACUGCCACCGGUAUUAUUACGUCGCGAGCGACAUUCGAUUACGAGGAACAGGACCAAUACACGCUCUCCAUCUCGGCCUACAAUCCCGACUCACCGAUGCGCAACGAAACCAAGGUGAUCGUGCACGUGACCGGCGUGAACGAGUACUUUCCCAAGUUCAUCCAACCGGUGUUCCAUUUCGACGUAUCGGAAUCGGCUGAGGUUGGUUCCAGCGUGGGUAUCAUAGAGGCCACCGAUAAGGAUGCGGGCGAGGAUGGCAAAGUGUACUACCUGCUGGUAGGUUCCAGCAACGACAAGGGUUUCAGCAUUCAUUCGAGCACCGGUGUGCUGGUGGUGUCGCGCAAUCUUGACCGCGAGACACAAUCUCGCGUGGUUCUCACCGUGCUGGCGAAGAACUACGGUGGCAUCCGUGGGAACGAUACGGACGAAGCACAGAUCAUAAUCUCCAUCCAGGACGGUAACGAUCCACCGGAGUUUCAGCGUGAACUGUACGAGGCCAGCGUGUCCGAGGGUGAUCCGAUCGGGACGAAAGUGAUCGCGGUGAAGGCUGUCGACAAGGACGUCCGGCCGCAAAACAAUCAGUUCAGCUUCUCAAUCAUCGGUGGCAACAAUGAUCACUCGUUCAAGAUCGAUCCGCAAACGGGACAGAUUGAGACGGCGCGCAAGCUCGACCGUGAGACGGUGCCACUGCACAAGCUGUUGCUAGGUGCGAUCGAUACCGGGACGCCUCCGCAGACGGGCACCACCGUGGUGCGCAUCACCGUCACCGACAUUAACGAUAAUGGGCCCACGUUCGAUCCGAAAGACACGAUCGGAGCGGUGCUGGAAAACGAACCGCCCAACACCGUCGUCAUGACGCUGGCCGCAAGCGAUCCCGACCUCCCGCCGAACGGUGCUCCCUUCUCGUAUCAGCUUGUCGGUGGACGGCACAAGUCGCUGUUCACGCUCGAGCGCCACUCCGGUGUACUGAAGACGGUGCGCAGUCUCGAUCGUGAGCAAACACCGCAGCUGGAGCUGCUGGUUGAGGUGGAAGACAACGGAAAACCACGCAAACGCACCCAGCACACGAUCACGGUGAACGUGCUGGACCAAAACGAUAGCCCUUCGACGCCGCGUACUGCACACGUGCUGGUGUACGUGUUUGGCGGUGGUCCACUGCAUGGCGACGUUGCCAGUGUGCACCCGAACGAUCCGGAUGUGACUGGGGACUAUCGCUGCAAGCUGCUCACCGACGUCAACAAACAACCCGUGACGGCAUUCACGAUUGCGAACGGUUGCCAGCUGCGGCCUACCAAUCCUAGCCGCAUUCCUACGAGCGGACAUACGUUCCUGGUUUCCGGUAAUGACGGUAAGCACCCGGACGUCACGUCCACCGUUUCGGUAGAGUUCCUGCACUUCGACAACGCAACGAUCGAUCAGUCGAUCACGGUUCGGCUGGAGAACAUCAGCAGCGCUAACUUCCUUGCCAACUACUACCGGAACUUUGUCGACGUUGUGAAAGCAUCGCUCGAACCCGCAGACGACCUGAUUCUGUACAGUCUGCUAAAUUCUGGAAAGGCACUCCAUGUCACGCUGGCGGUACGGAACACACCGCUGAAAGGAUACCGGUCGAAGCAGCACGUGAUCGAUCGGAUCUCGCGCAAGCUUGAAGCAAUCGGACAGCUGCUCCCGAACGUCCUCACCACGGUGGGUUAUGAUCCUUGCCGGUCGAAAGAUACCUGCGCAAACGGUGGCGUAUGCAGCGCACGCAUCAAGGUUUACCCGGAGGAGGACAACCGCAUCACCGACAGUCAGUCGCUGGUGUUCGCUUCACCGCCGGUGCGGCACGAUUUUGCCUGUGCUUGCCCCGAUGGAUACACGGGAGCCCGCUGCGACAAACGGCAGGACCCGUGCUCACCGAACCCUUGCCAGGCCGGGGGCCAGUGUCGUCGGCAGGGGUACGACUUCCAGUGCACCUGUCCGGCAAACCGGGAAGGCAAGUUCUGCCAGCUGGAGCGCGGCGACAUCUGCUCGAGUGGUCCGUGCAAAAAUGGUGGUUCCUGUCGCGAGAGUUCGGACGGUUCGUCCUUCUUCUGUCUGUGUCGGCCAGGGUAUCGGGGCAAUCAGUGCGAAACAGUGGCGGACUCAUGUCGCCCCAACCCGUGUCUGCACGGUGGGCUGUGCGUUAGCCUUAAGCCGGGCUAUAAGUGCAGCUGCGUCGAAGGUCGGUACGGUCGGCACUGCGAGAAAACGACGUUCGGGUUCCGCGAGCUGUCGUACAUGGCGUUCCCGGCACUGGAUUCGGCUACGAACGACAUUUCGGUCGUGUUCGCCACCACCAAACCGGACGCAUUGCUGAUCUACAACUACGGCAUCCAGAGCGGUGGCAGAUCUGACUUUGUUGCGAUGGAAAUUGUAAACGGACGGGCGGUAUUUUCGUACGGCGGUGCGCGGACUGCCAUUACCUCGCUGGUCGUCGGUCAGAGCACAUUGACCGCAAACGGACGGAAUGGUUCCAUUUCGAAUGGGGAGUGGCACAAAAUCACGGCCACGCGUAACGGUCGCGUUAUGUCGUUGAGUGUCUCGAAGUGCACAGACAACGGCGACUAUUGCGACGAUUGCCGUCCGGGUGAUUCCAGCUGUUACGCUGACGAUACGGGUCCUACAGGAACGCUGAAUUUCAACAAGCACUAUCUGCUGGUAGGAGGCCUCAUGGCGGCCGAUCCGGUACUGGAACGUCCCGGGCAGGUGCAUUCGGACGACUUGGUGGGAUGUGUGCACAGUGUCGCCAUCAACGGACGGGCGUUGAAUUUAAGCAAUCCGAUUAAAUCGUUCGGCAUUGAAGCGACGUGCCAGCGCAGCACCGGCAGCAACGGUCCGUGCGGUCUCGGUUUACCCGACGAUCCGGGCCAGCCACUCUGUGGCCCGUACGGCCAGUGCAUGGACCGGUGGCACACAGCCAUGUGUCGCUGCGGUGGAGCCAUUCUGUCACCCGACUGCUACAGCUCGCUGGACGCAUACUCCCUCCAGGACGGGGCGUUCAUCGAGUUCGAGAUAACGGAAAAACACAAACGCAUGCAGCUGCUGGAGAGCAUCUACAGCGGCAAGAGCUGGAUCUGGAGCUACGAUGUGACGCGCAGCAAGCGCCACGAUGGCCACGUCACGCCCACCCUGACGAUCGCCGAAGAUCCGCCCAAGUAUAUGAGCAUCAUGUUCAAAACGAACAAACCGAGCGGGGUGUUGAUAUAUGCCGCGACAAGUAGCAAACACUACACCGCCAUCGAGCUGCGACAUGGGCGACUCUCCUACACCUCACACCAGACGUCCUUCGUGAACGUGUCCGCAUCUGCCAGCGGUGGACAGGAGGGUGGUUCGCUAGCUGAUGGCAAUUGGCACAACGUGACGUUGCAUUCGCACAACCGCGUACUGCAGGUGUUGGUCGAUGGGCGCAUUGUGGUGCCGGAGCUGGACGCGACUGGUGUGCACGACUUCCUCGACCCAUACCUCACCGUGCUAGCGAUAGGAAACGUACGGCGCGAGUACCUCAGUGCGGGCGAUACCGAACCAAUGCCCGCCUACUUCCAGGGCUGUCUGGCCAACUUCACCAUCAACGGCGAAGUACAACCGUUCAACGGAUCCGGCAGCAUCUUCCGGAGUGUCGUACAUCGGGGCAACGUAGCGCAAGGCUGUGUCUGGAGCGUGCUCGGCACGGCCCAGGUUACGAAUCCGCUCAACAUCGGCAUCACGCUGGUGAUCGUGUUUUUCGUAAUGCUUUUGGUGGGCAUUUUCAUCUCGUUUCUGGUGGUGCGCUGCCGCCGUCAGCACAAAGAGAAGAGUGGCGCACUGGGGCACUCCUCCACGGCGUUACAUUCCAAGCAGAAUGGAACCGGCGGUUCGACGCUACUCGCCGGAUCGGGGCUGGUCUCGUCCGGUGGAUUGCAUAGCGACGGUAGUGGGCGCGGUUUGCACGCCAACGAUCUGUCCGUAGUCGGGUACCACUCGGAAGGCAGCGAUAUGCUGCGCGGCGUCAGCGGUCAUCAUCUCGUUGGUCCGGAGCUCAUCUCCAAGAAGUAUAAGGAGCGCGACCUCGGCACAUCUGAACCGCAGAGACCCCAGCGGCCGGAUAUCAUUGAGCGGGAAGUAGUGAGCAAGAGUCCACCGUUACCGCCACCGAGUCAAUCGCACCAUCCGUCCGCGCCUCACGAUCACACCAACAACCCAUCCUCGAUGGAUCUGGGCUCCGAGUAUCCCGAGCACUACGAUCUCGAGAACGCCAGCUCCAUUGCGCCGUCCGAUAUAGACAUUGUGUAUCACUACAAGGGCUAUCGGGAGGCGGGUGGUGUGCGGAAGUAUAAGGCCACUCCACCACCGGUAGCCACGGCCUAUACGCACCACAAGCAUCAGACGUCGGCAGCGGCGACCCAGCAACAGCAUCGCCAUUCUCCGCACCACGCAGCAGCCGGUGGGCCUUAUGCGCCCCGGGUGUUGCCACCGCCACAAGCUAGUCAACCACCGCCAUCGAACGGAGCAGGACACGCACGCCAACACCAGUCAACGCCGCUGGCGAGACUCUCGCCCAGCUCGGAGCUCAGCUCGCAGCAGCCGCGCAUCCUCACGCUGCACGACAUCUCCGGCAAGCCGCUGCAGAGUGCGCUGCUGGCCACGACAUCGAGCUCGGGUGGCGUGGGCAAGGACGCGCUGCACAGUAACAGUGAGCGAAGUCUCAACAGUCCCGUGAUGAGUCAGCUUUCCGGCCAGAGUUCGAGCGCGCGCAGUCGCAGUAAGAACCCGAACGGAGUGCCUUCACAGCCUCCGAACGUGGUGUCGGUCAGUUCGGUCGUGGUGCCGGUAGGGCACGGCGGCAUGGGUCUCACGGCGGAGGAGAUCGAACGAUUGAAUGCGCGUCCCCGUACGUCCAGUCUCGUCUCGACGCUGGACGCGGUGUCCAGUAGCAGCGAGGCACCGGCCCGUGUACCGGCACCGCACCUCUCGCACAUGCACCACUCACCGGCAGACAUCGAUGCGCACAGUUCAACCUCCACCGAUGAGAGCGGCAAUGAUAGCUUCACCUGCUCGGAGAUCGAGUACGAUAACAACAGCCUGAACGGGGACUCCGGUCCACCCAACAACGUGGUCGUUGGCGGCAAGUACGGCAAGGGCCGUGACGAUCCGGGAAGGCGUAACGAUGUAGGUGGUGGCGGUGGCGGCGGUCCGGGUGGAGUUAGUGCCGGCGUAGGUAACGGGAGUGGCGGUGGUGGCAAAGGAGCACCGCAUCUUCCACCGGCCUCAUCCUACGAUGGUUUCGACUCGUCGUUCCGGGGAUCGCUCAGCACACUGGUUGCAUCGGACGAUGAUCUGUCCAGCCACAUGGUCGGUAUCUACCGGCAACCGAAUGGAGGGGCCGCCUCACCAUCGGCAACCGGCUGGGACUAUCUGCUGAAUUGGGGCCCAAACUUCGAGAGUCUCAUGGGUGUGUUUAAGGACAUUGCCGAGCUGCCCAGUGACGUAACGGUCAAUGGCCGCGUGCCAAACUCGCUGCGUAUUCCAACCAGCGUGCAGUCAAAACCCUCCGAGGAGUACGUUUGAGCGAACGAACGACAACCGGAAG